GGGUUUUAGGGAUGAUAGAAGUCACUAAGUCAGUACGUUCUAAAACCCUUAAGCAACCUGAAUCCCCACUAUUUUGAAUCAGCAGAAAUUGAGGAGAGAGAAAGUAAAAAAUGUGGUAUAUGUGCGUAUUCUUCCAUAGAUUGCUAGAUUAUCGGAAGCCUGAAGUUGAAGCUCUUGCUCAACUUUUUGGAGCUUUUGCAGACGACAACAAUGGCGAUAGCCACUCUGUUCAAUGGAAACUACCAGAUAAUUUCCACCCUGAUAAUCCCUUUCACUUCGUCAAUAUCCCUUCUGAGGAUAUUGCUCGCGACAUCGCCAAACGAAGUAUACUUGUGAAAGGAAUGUAUGAGAUAUGGGGGGAAGGAACAAGCUAUGAACAGCUGGAGGAGGCUGUGAAUGCCUAUCCCGAAGAGAGGAAGUUGCCAUACUUAACAUCUGAAAACACUUUCAAGAUAAAUAUUGACAGCUUUGGCAAGACUUUCACUACUCAGGAGCAAAAAGAACUCCUCAAGAGGCUUGCUUUUAUCCCUUUCAAGGGUCGAGUAAAUCUUCGGAAUCCAGAUCAUAAUUUUUGGUUUAUAGAAAUUGACAAAUAUGAAGCUAAUAAUGGUCUGCCACCUAUUGUUGAAAAGAGAAUCUUCUUUGGGCGGGAGGUUGGUGCAGCAGACAGAAAGCUCUUGCCUACAUAUCAGCUUAAAAGCCGAGUUUACAUAGGACCAACCGCCAUGGAUGCUGAAAUGGCCUUCCUAAUGGCCAACCAAGGACUUGCUGCCCCUGGGAAGCUUGUUUAUGAUCCAUUUGUUGGCACUGGGAGUGUUCUGGUGGCUGCAGCGCAUUUUGGUGCAUUGACAAUGGGUGCAGACAUAGAUAUAAGGGUAGUUCGUGAUGGACGUGGACCUGACCGUAAUGUUUGGAGUAAUUUUAAGCAGUAUGGAUUGCAAGAACCAAUUUCCCUGUUGAGGGCAGAUAAUAACCUUCCUCCAUGGCGUGCUGGUCUUAAAGAGGUGUUUGAUGCAAUAAUUUGUGAUCCACCUUAUGGUGUUCGUGCUGGGGGACGUAAAUCUGGAGGUAGAAAGUUGCUCAAGGGUGUUGUCGGCCCUUACACGGUUCCCGACGACAAAAGAGAAGGCCACAUACCAUCGACUGCAGCAUAUAGCUUGGUUGAAUGUGUUCAUGAUCUGCUUGACUUAGCUGCUAAGAUGCUUGUUAUGGGUGGAAGGCUUGUUUAUUUCUAUCCUGUGCUAAGAGAGGAGGAUUCACCUGAUCCCACAUUUCCUGAACAUCCAUGUUUCAAACUAGUUGCUGUCUCUGAGCAAAUACUUAGUUUUCGUUACAGCAGAGUGUUAUUGACGAUGGUGAAAGUAGCAACAUAUACUGAAGAAAUAGCUGAGUCAGCUAGAGUUAUGCAUUUAGAUUUUAAGGCAAACCAUUUGAAGUGGUUAGAAGAAGGCAACCUUCAUUCUGCUGUCUUUGCUCCUAACAAAGAGGGAGAAAAUGUAGAUCUGAGAUUCAGCAAAGACUCGAAGCCCAAAUAUCGUGGGAAAUAUGUUUAGGAUACAUGAUUUAUUAUUUUGCCUUGAGCUAGACAUGGAAGUAAACCUAACAUCUUUAUUCUUUAGCUCAUACUUUAUGCCCGAGGGUGCUUGCUAACAUCGAAAUAUAUUGAUUUUAAGUAA